AUGGCAGGCAGAGCACGUCGAGUAUUGCAGGAAGAGGAUCACGGUGAGUUUGCAGAGGACUUGGGCGAUGGGAGUGAUAGUGAUUAUUCAGAUGAAGAACCCUCACCUCAGUGUGAUGAUAAUGACGAUUCAAUGGAGUCUGAGGAUGCGGAAUCAACAAGUAAUUCAUCUGGAAUCCCUCAGUAUUAUUUGGGGAAAGAUAAGAGGACGAAAUGGUUCACGGAGAUGCCCUCCAAAGACAAAACUCGACAGAAAAACAUUCUCACAGAAACUCCUGGGGGCUCUUUUUGGGUUACUAUAUUUGUGUGGUGGUCUACGAAUGACAAGAACAACACGAGAGAUUUAUGGGCAACGGAUGGCACAGCACCUGGAUAUUUCAGAACUGUCAUGAGUGAGAAUCGUUUUCGUCUUUUAUUACGUGCUCUCCGAUUCGAUGAUUCUGAAACACGUGAGGCUAGGAAGCAAACGGAUAAAUUAGCAGCAAUUAGAGAUCUUUGGGAGGACAUCACUGCGAAAUUUUUGAAAAUGUACAGGGUUGGUGAGUGUGUCACUUUGGAUGAGAUGAUGCUGGCCUUCAAGGGGAGGUGCAGUUUCAGACAAUAUCUGCCAAUGAAACCAAACAGAUAUAGGUUGAAGGUCUUUGCUUUAGUGGAUUCAGAUACUUUUUACACAUCUGUCUUGGAAAUUUACACAGGAAAACAGCCCCCAGGACUAUUUCAAGCUGAUAACAAACCAAUAAAUGUGGUGAAACGUGUUUCAGCCUCCGUUUUAGGUACUGGGCGCAACAUCACGAUGGAUAACUGGUUCAGCUCAGUACCUCUCAUUGACGAAUUACAGCACAAACAUCGUACGACAGUUGUUGCUACUUUGAAGAAGAACAAGACAGAGCUCCCUCCCCAAUUCGUCAAUCACAAGAAACGCAGUAUGAAUUCGUCUUUGAUUGGAUAUAAUGAUGGUAAAGUAUUGGUUUCUUACGUUCCUAAGAAGAACAAAUGUGCAAUCGCCAUAUCAUCAAUGCAUACCUCUGGUGCCAUCGAUUCAGGGACAGGUGCGAGAAAUAAGCCUGAGGUAAUUACUUACUAUAAUUCCACAAAAGGAGGAGUAGACUCUGUAGACCAGAUGAGAGGGAACUACAGUGUAGCUAGGUGCUCUUGUCGAUGGCCCCUGACAGUAUUCUUUGGACUCUUGGAUAUAGUUGGGAUAAAUUCAUGGAUUAUUUAUGAAGAAAAUACAGGACAGACUAUAUCUUGUAAAGAAUAUUUGACAGGGAUUGCUAAGGAUUUGACAAAACCAUGGAUGAUGAAGCGUAUAAAAGUUCCAACCUUGUCUCCAGAUUUACGUAUUAUGAUCAGAAAAUUUACUGGCAUCCGAUUAUCGGUGGGAAAUGUUAUGAGUGAGACACUCCUAAAGUUGUGCAAGUACUGUCCAAAGAAGAAGUAUCGUAAGACAACUGUGGAGUGCGGUAUUUGUCAGAGCUUGAUCUGCGGAGAACACACUUCUAGAGUUUGCACUGAGUGCUUCGCUCGUAUUAACUUCCUGGAGGAAUAA